AUCUUUCAUCUUUGUCACCAUGUCUGAACAACCAGCAAACGAGCCCCUCUUUGUGGACCUUCACGAUAACUCCAAGCCUGCUGAAAUUGAGAGCUUGUGUAUGAAAUGCGGUGAGAACGGUACCACUCGCAUGCUCUUCACCAAGAUUCCUCACUUCAAGGAAAUCAUCAUUAUGGCUUUCGAAUGUCCUCACUGCGGCUUCCGUAACAAUGAACUGCAAAGCGCUGGUGCUUUCAAUGAAAAGGGCCAUACUGUUUCCUGCCACGUGUUGGGCAAGCAAGAUUUGGAUCGUCAGUUGGUCAAGUCUGAUUUCGCUUCCGUCAAAUUUGAAGAACUGCAAGUCGAGAUUCCUGCCAACAACCGUCGGGGUCUGUUGACCACAGUGGAAGGUUUGGUGGAUCAUGCUGUCGAUGACUUGUCGCAAGGCCAACCCGUUCGCAAGCACACUGAUGAAGAUCUUUACAACAAGAUUCAAGCCGUUGUUGACAAGCUUGAAUCGUACAAGGAAGGUGCUGAAUCCUUUACUCUCACCAUCGAUGAUCCCUCUGGCAACUCUUACAUUGAGAACCGAUGCUUACCCGCCCAAGAUCCUCAGCUCAAGAUGAAAUGGUACAACCGCACCCCUGAACAAAACGCCUUUUUGGGUCUUCAGAGCGAGGAAACCAAUCCUACUCCUGCUGUCCCCACCGCCACGGAAGGCGAUGAAGAAGUGCCUGAAGUGCUCACCUUCCCUGCCAACUGCUCUCACUGCAAUGCGCCCAGCGAGACAAACAUGCAUUUGAUUGAUAUUCCCCAUUUCAAGGAAGUCGUCAUCAUGGCUACUAACUGCCAACAGUGUGGCUAUAAGAGCAACGAAGUCAAGGCCGGUGGCCCUAUCUCUGCCAAGGGUAAGCGUAUCACUUUGAAGAUCACCGAUCCGGAAGAUUUGUCCCGCGAUAUCUUGAAAUCCGAAACCUGCGGUUUGUCGAUUCCCGAAAUUGACCUUGAAGUGACCCGCGGUACUUUGGGUGGUCGUUUCACUACGGUGGAAGGUCUGUUGCGCCAGGUCCACCAAGAAUUGUACGAGCGCGUGCCUUUCAUGCAUGGCGAUUCCACCACGGCCGAAAGCCGAGCCCGAUGGGAAAAGUUCUUGGCCAAUUUGGAAGAAGUGGCUGACGGCAAGCGUAUUCCUGUCACUUUAAUCAUUGACGAUCCUCUUGCCAACUCAUAUCUUCAGAAUCUCUAUGCACCGGAUGACGAUCCAGAAAUGACCAUUGAGGAGUACGAACGUGAUUGGGAAACCAACGAAACUUUGGGGUUGAACGAUAUGAACGUCGAUCACUACCAAGCAACUGAACCCGAAACCAAGCAAUAAAGUAACAUAGAAAAAAGGUCUAUUUUGUACAGUAGAAUGCAUGAAAAAUAAGAAAAAGGCAUACAGCAAUUCGUCUGUUCGAUGCCACACUCAUCAAUAAAAAAGCAUCAAACAUU